AUGGCCUCCCUGCCUUUCAGUGCCCGUCCCUAUGAAGUCCCUGCUUCAGCAAAACUCACGCCUACCAGCAUUUCAAUCCCUGAUGCUGAGAUUGACAGUUUGAAGACGCUUCUCAAACUUACGCCCAUUCCCAAGCCGAAUAGGUUCAACUCGCGUGGUGAUGAGUCUUUCGGCCUUCAUCGAGAUGUCCUCUCAGCGUUGGUAAAAUACUGGGAGAACGACUACGACUGGAGAAAAUGGGAGUCUACUCUCAACACUAUUCCUCAAUUCAACAUGGAUGUUACCGAUGACGACUCCAAAACAUACAAGAUCAACUUUUUCGCUCUUUUCUCCAAGAACCCAUCUGCAAUCCCCAUUCUCUUCUUACACAGCUGGCCAGGCUCUGUUGUAGAGUAUCCCCCGAUCCUUCGCAAUCUUCAAUCUCAAUACGAUUCUGAGUCGCUUCCCUACCACGUCAUUGUGCCUCACCAUAUGAUGCAUGCGUUGGGGUUCGACAAAUCUGGCUACAUUGCCCAAGGCGGUGACCUCGGCGGUUGGUCAGCACCUGUCAUUGCGAAUCUCGAUUCAGCGUGCAAGCUCGUCCAAAUGAGCAUGCUGAACGUUUCACCACCUGCUGGUGAAGAUGUCGAGGCCGGUAUCGAGGCAGGGCGGUAUACUCCAGAUGAGGUAGCAGCCUUUGCGAGAAGUGCCGAAUUUGCAAAGACAGGCACCGCAUUCAUCCAACUUAACGGAACGAAGCCGGCUAGUGCAGGGUAUAUCAUCGGAAGCAACCCAGUGGCACUACUCUCCUGGAUUGGGGACAAGAUGAUCAAGUGGUCUGACAAGACACCAGAUAGAGAUCUCAUCAUCACGAACCUGGCCCUCUAUUGGUUCACUGGGUGCUUCCCAACGUCGGUCUAUAUCCAUCGCGUGGUCUUCGAGAACGUUGAGCUCAUGAUGAAUGGUUGGAAAACUCUCAAAGUCCCGCUAGGAUAUUCAGCGUUCAAGUAUGAGCUCGUCACUGCACCUGAGAGGUGGAUCAGGCAAACAGCCCAGGUGAGCUGGUAUCGAAUGCACGAGAGAGGAGGUCAUUUUGCUGCACUUGAAGAGCCAGAGACUUUAUGGAAAGAUGUGGAGGAUUUCAUCGGAAAGUUUUGGCCAAAGGCCAUUUAAGGCCUGUUGGUGUAACCAAUUUUCGAAGGUUUGGAUGUGAUUGGGAUCAGAGUAGGAGGAUUGAAUGGCGUGGUUGGUAGUGUUGUGCUGGGGACGAGUGGCUGCAAGCCUUCUUCAAUAAUGGAUUCUGAUUAUGGCUAAACGCUUAUAUCACGCGUUACCUACAUAAUAGAUGGUGUCUAUAAGCCCUUACCCAAAAGAACGUCUGCUCGCAAUGCGGAAAAACUAACAAGAAAAACAAGAGUAAUACACUGCAGAUGAUCUUCCACCUAAAAAUCCCUGCUCUCUCCAAUUUCACACACAUGAUACAUCAGGCACUACCGCGCUUGUAAGAGGCCAUGACAGACAGCA